CCUGUUCUUCGGUGCAGUGCUGUACAGUCUUUCCACGCUGGUCUGCAGUCUCUUAGUCAUCCCCUGUACUGUCCACAGUCUUUGGUCAUCCCCUGUACUGUCUGCAGUCUCUUGGUCAUCCCCUGUACUGUCCGCAGUCUCUGGUCAUCCCCUGAACUGUCUGCAGUCUCUGGUCAUCCCCUGUACUGUCUGCAGUCUCUGGUCAUCCCCUGUACUGUCCGCAGUCUCUGGUCAUCCCCUGUACUGUCCGCAGUCUCUUGGUCAUCCCCUGUACUGUCUGCAGUCUCUUGGUCAUCCCCUGUACUGUCUGCAGUCUCUUGGUCAUCCCCUGUACUGUCCGCAGUCUCUGGUCAUCAUUUCCUGUACUGUCCACAGUCUCUGGUCAUCUCCUGUAGUACGUAUGCAGUCUCUUGGUCAUCUCCUGUACUGUGUCCGCAGUCUCUGGUUAUCUCCUGUACUGUGACUGCAGUCUCUGGUCAUCUCCUGUACUGUGUCUGCAGUCUCUGGUCAUCUCCUGUACUGUGUCCGCAGUCUCUGGUCAUCUCC